AUGUCUCAACUUGGCAGCGAUACUGCUUUCGCCCUACGGAAAUCCAUCGAUGACAUCUUAGCCAACGACGCAAGCCCUCCGGCUUUCAUGAGUCGAUCGCAAUCUCUGAUAGCAGCGAGUCGGGCUCAGAGUGAGCCUCGCGGCGUUACGACUGGGGAGGCUUUGGUGAAUGCUUCAACGGCUUUGAGGCCUUCUGCCGCCCCCAUGAAACCCGCACCAUCGACUUGGAGCAGGAGCUCGUAUCCAGGCAGUGCAAAUCGCAUGGAAACCGACCGCGGGGUAAAGCAGCUCGAGAAUGUGUCCGGUAGAGCCGAUGUUUUGUCACUGAGCUCUGCUAGCCCUGGAAAUGGCGUCAGUUCGACGGAAGCGUCACAUGAUGGAGACGGUGCGAUCACUGACGCGCUUGAAAGCACUACGACGGGGUGGUCAAGAAGAGGUUAUCCAUUGCAACAGCACCAGGGCGACACGAAAAUUGCUGAGAACGGUAUGAAGAAAGCACAUCAGCCAGACGUCUCUCCACGAUCGAUGUUUCUGCAGCACGGCCAAGACUUAGCCACGCGACAGCAAAGACAGGAAUUGACGGACGAGGGACAGCACUUGGCAGGUUUAACACAAGCAGGCCACAGCCACACAAGUCCAACAACUCAAGAGAGAAGAUUAUCACGGUCAACUUAUUCACUGCAAAACUCGUUGAUAAACGACACCGCCGAAAGAUAUGAGCCAAACAUGGAAGCCGCACAGCAGGCCAGACAGCGCUCGAUAAAGGGCGAUCAGGAGUCCUCUGAGUACACGCGCCGGUCGCAUCAUGGCUAUCCGCUGCAAUCUCCGGCCAGCAUCCUACACUUGCGUGGACCACCAACGCCCCCAGAUUCGUCUGACGAGAACAGGAGUGAAGAUUCGCUAGAUGAGCCAUCGACCCUUAAACUUGAGCAUGAACCACCAGCCCGAGCUACGCCUCCUGGAAACAGGAGCAGGUUCAGUAAACGUACAUAUCCUAUGCAACAUCUUCCUUCUCACGCUAAUUUGAGGUCGCCACCAACACCUGACCAGCAAGCGCCUUACCCGAGAAGUAUUCCGGACGGAAGAGCAAGGGGCAAGUCCUUGAUACGAGGGACAUAUCCUUUGCAGCAUCUGCCUUCGCUGAUGAACAUGAGGCACAACGCAUACAGUACCGGAAGCGCGGCUGGACGGAAUCAAGGCGAUUUUUCUGAGGAAGACAAUAGUAUUCUCGCGGGUAAGCAUUUCAGCUUUGCUUCGAAACUUGAGUCCAAAACAGCCGCUGUACCGCCGCCAUCACCUCAAAGCCAGACCGAAACAAACACCAGUCACAAUGACGUCCCAGCGCCCCCGUCAAGUCAGCAAUGGCGCCGAGGCGUCUACCCACUGCAAGGCGCAGAUUCCUUCCCGUCUACAAAAGGCAUCACUCUUCCGCCGACUCAGCAGAAUCUUCCCUGGCAUCAACCCAACCUCAAACAGACCACGAAACACCCUCCAGCAGUCCAGCGCCAAUACAUCUUCCAAAACACCUGCGCGCUCCGCACCAUCGUCGUCUGUCUUGACGGCACAGGUGAUAAGUUCGACAGCGACAACAGCAAUAUCGUGCAGCUUGUCUCAGCCCUUAAGAAGGAUGAUCCCGAUCAGGUCAGCUACUACCAAGCUGGAAUUGGCACGUACAAUCAAGCCGGCGGGCUGUCUUCAGGCUUUUCUUCUGCGCUAGACAUGGCGGUCGGAUCCGACCUGGGCUUACACGUCAGGGAUGCCUAUCAGUUCUUGAUGCAUUCCUACAAAGAAGGCGACAAGAUUUGCAUCUUUGGCUUCAGUCGUGGAGCAUACACAGCACGUUGUGUGGCAGGUAUGGUGCACAAAGUCGGCUUGCUGCCGCCGCGCAAUUACCAACAGAUUCCGUUCGCGUACGAGUUCUACGCCGAUAGUAGCGAGAACGGCUGGACACAGAGCCGUCUUUUCAAGCAGACCUUCAGCAUCGAUGUCAGCGUGUACUUCCUAGGGGCCUUCGACAGCGUCGGUAGCAUCGGAUUCAUCCCGAGGCAGCUGCCACUCAGCACCACACCCACGAACAAAUCUAGGUACUUCCGACAUGCGAUGGCCUUAGAUGAGCGAAGGGCGAAAUUCAAGGUCUGCCGUUAUGAGACUGCCAAAGACUUGGACCACAAAGACCACAUCGACAAGGAUGCGGACGACGCUGACGACAAAGGUGCAAGCGAUCAGCCGUGGAAUCCAUCUCAAACUCCUUACGGUCCCGACUACCACCCCAAUGUCACUUCCGAUGAAUACAAUGCGCUCACAGAGCCCUCCGCAGUAUUCGACACAGACGUCAAAGAAGUUUGGUUUGCAGGCUGCCAUGCGGACGUUGGUGGAGGCGCUGUGCUAAACUCUGAGAGACACAAGCUCUCACAAAUCCCUCUGAGGUGGAUGAUCAGACAGUGCUUCGAGUGCGACACUGGCAUCAAGUUCAAGACGCGACAUCUCGCGGAGUUCGGUUUGGAUGUGCACACACUGUGGCCGACAUAUCGCAACCUUGAGGUGCCAAGUUUGCAUGGACCGCCUCCAAGCUUCCUCGAGAAGUGGAAGGAGUUACCGAGUCGUGAAGUGAGGAAAGGUAAGUUGGUGUCGCUUGGGCAUGACAAACAGCACGCCCUGGCGAAGAAGGCGCACGAGGAGAGUCAGGACCGGCAUGAGCACCUUCUGCACCUGAAGUCGACGGAAGAUGACGAUUGGACGCCAGAGCAGGUGGAGGAUUACUACGACUCGCUCGCGCCGCUGAACGAUCAGCUGGUUGACGCUCCAAACUGGUGGAUUCUAGAGCUGUGGCCUGUGGAAGUGAAGAUUCCCAAGGGUAAUGGUGAGGUCGAGCGGAGGACGAUGGCGAAUUGGGGUCGGUAUAGGGGUGUAGGUGACCGAGCGCCGUUGCUGCAUUGGACUGUCAAGCAAAGGAUGUCGAGUCGGCCUGACUACACGGUGAGAGUUCGGACCGCGAAGAACUGUCGGUGGAAAGUUGUUGUGUAA